UGUAUUUCCGCUUCCUCUCGGCAGAGUCGCAUUUGGUUGGACGGGAUUGUUGCGGGGAGGGAGGGGGAAGAUUGUUUGCGGUGGAGGAGCUCAGUGUACGGGAAGGUAAACUGAGCUCCCCGGAGACUGUCGCCCCGCAGCCUCGGUUCGGGCCCAGCCUUCCUCUCCAGCUGCCACCACAGCCUGGAGGCGCCUGCCUCCGCCCUCCCGAAUGGUGCUACUCCUCGCAGGCCUCGGCCCGGGAUCCCAGCCCCCUUUGCCCCCCGCCUCGGAGCGCUUGCUCCGGGUCGCCCCUGGUGGACUCCCCGUGACGGGCAGGGAAGGACUUCUCCACAGACGAGGCUGUAGCUCCAGGAACCCCGCCGACGACUUGAAUCUUGGCCUCUAAUCCAGUGUGAGGUUAUUCCUCUGUCCCCUUUCCACCCGCCGAGAAGAGAAACCCUUCUUCCUGCUCCCAGAGCCCGGGAAGCCCCAAGCUGGGGCCCUGGUCCCAGCAUGUCAGUCCUCUCUUGUGCAUAGGGCUGUGCCCUCUCCCCGUUAGCAUGGCUGAAUUCAGGCCGGUUCCGGGGGGGCGGGAGACCCCGCAGGGGGAGCUGCGCUCUGAGGUGGUGGAGGAUGAAGUCCCUCGGAGUCCAGUCGCAGAGGAGCCCGGAGGAGGCGGGAGCAACAGCAGUGAGGCCAAAUUGUCUCCGAGAGAAGAGGAAGAACUGGAUCCUCGAAUACAGGAAGAGCUAGAGCACCUGAACCAGGCCAGCGAGGAGAUCAACCAGGUGGAGCUGCAGCUGGAUGAGGCCAGGACCACCUAUCGGAGGAUCCUGCAGGAGUCAGCAAGGAAGCUCAACACGCAGGGUUCCCACUUGGGGAGCUGCAUCGAGAAGGCCCGGCCUUACUAUGAGGCUCGGCGUCUUGCUAAGGAGGCCCAGCAGGAGACCCAGAAGGCAGCGCUGCGGUACGAGCGGGCGGUGAGCAUGCACAACGCCGCCCGGGAGAUGGUGUUUGUGGCUGAGCAGGGAGUCAUGGCCGACAAGAACCGGCUGGACCCCACGUGGCAAGAGAUGCUCAACCAUGCCACCUGCAAGGUGAACGAAGCGGAGGAGGAGCGGCUUCGUGGUGAGCGGGAGCAUCAGCGGGUGACUCGGCUGUGCCAGCAGGCUGAAGCUCGGGUCCAAGCCCUGCAGAAGACGCUCCGGCGGGCCAUUGGAAAGAGCCGCCCCUACUUUGAGCUCAAGGCCCAGUUCAGCCAGAUUCUGGAGGAGCACAAGGCCAAGGUGACGGAGCUGGAGCAGCAGGUGGCCCAGGCCAAGACCCGCUAUUCAGUUGCCCUGCGCAACCUGGAGCAGAUCAGCGAGCAGAUUCAUGCCCGGCGCCGGGGCCAGCCCCCUCAUGGCCCAGGCCAGCGGCGCUCCUCCCCCGUGGGGGCAGAGGCUGGGCCUGAUGGUGGGGAGGACGGGGACAGUGGGAUCAUUGAGGGGGCUGAAGGCGGGGGCCUGGAGGAGGGCAGUAGCCUGGGGCCUGGGCCUGCCCCGGACACAGACACACUUAGCCUGCUGAGCCUGCGCACGGUGGCCUCGGACCUGCAGAAGUGUGACUCGGUGGAGCACCUGCGGGGCCUCUCAGACCACACCAGUCUGGACGGCCAGGAGCUGGGCUCCCGGGGCGGGGGCCGGGGGGGCCGCCACCAGCGAAGCAUCAGCCUGUAGUCCACGCUCAGGGUGGCUCGUUCUCUUCAGCACCACUGGCCCGUGUAGGGCCAGACAGGCUCCAAGCUACCUCUCCUCAGGUCCUCACUUCCCUUGGAGAGGUCAGGUUGGCCCUUGUCUCUGGUGGAUUUCUCCCUGUCCCUGCCCUCCCAGUUCCCUCCUUGCAGGUGGCAGCUCUCUUUGCCUUACCCCUUCAGAAGGCUUCUCUCUGGCUCUCACGUUUGCCCUCUCCCUGCUAGCUCCUCAUGGUCUGAUGCCGUUUGCUGCCCCCUUUCUGCUUUCCUUCCAUCUGUCUGGCUUUCCCCUCAGGGAACUUGGUCUAGAAGGCACAGGGAAGCCCGUCAGAGAUGCUGGGUCCUGGCAUCUUGGCCCCCUAGCUCGAGGAAAUAGGUGUCCCUUCCACCUUCCCAUGUCCCGAGGGGGUCUAGGGAUGUUACAGAGCUCUUCUGGCAGCCCUGUGCCCUAGGCCUCUGUCCCAGCCUGCCCAUCUGGAACCUGUAAAAUGCGCUGUAGGACUGUGUGCCUCUGGAAAACACUACUGAUCCCUACAGUGCUCCCUCCUCAUGAUCGAAGCCACUUUGCUGUGUCCCGCAAAGCAGGACUGGAAGGGUACCAGUGUCAGAGAAGGUGAAACGCAACCGCACUGUCAACAGAGAGGACCCCACUCAUUCCAAAUAGGCUCCCAUGUGCAUGGUGUUUCCCCCAGCCGGGCUGGGCCGUUAACAUUGCUAAGGUGCUCGUGGGUCUCUAACAGGGUCCAUGUUGGGAGUUGGACAUGUAAUGAGGUCCUGAUGGUUGAGGCCCUCGCCAUUCCUGCUGCAGAGUUGGGUUUACUUUUUCUGGGUAGAGGAUGUUGAGCUGAAUCUCAGCACCCUCCUGCGGGGUGGAGUUAGGGAAUUUGGUGCUCAGUUGCUCUCCCUCUCUCUUUCCCAAACCAAACGAUACCUACUCCAGGAUCCCUAGGGGGAAAUGCUCAAGUUUGGCUGCAGAGCCUUCUCUGAUGCAGGGAGGGGUUGCCCUGGGUGAGGGGACCCACCCUCCAUGGGGAGCAGCUCUGGGGGUUUGGUGGUGCUCCGGGCUAUAUGGGGGGAAGGGUGGGGAAGCCACGCCAGAUCUGGGUGCCUUGGGAGAACUGGUCCUUCCUGCUUUCCCACCCAGAGAGGUCUGAGAGCUGGACUCUGGGCAGGAUAGUUUGUGCCUAGGGCACUGUGCUGCCGCCGUCAACUGGGAGGAGUGGGCUUCCACAUGGAGGGUGUCUCCCUCUGCUAAGGUGGUCACUAUGAGAACCACUGGGUUUGAGGUGGCCAUGGUGGAGGGAAGAAAGGGAGGGAGGACGUGGGCCUGUGUGUGUGCGUGUGCUGGGGGAGUGCGUGUGUGAGUGUGAGUGUGAGAGAGAGAGAAGGGUAUGCCCCUGAUUUUAUUUAAAUAAAAUAGUUUAUGUAACAGUAAUGUUUGCUGUGCCUGUCAGGGGAGGGAGGAAGAGACGGGCAGAAUGUGUGUGGGGGGGCUCUUUUGCUGGGGGAGUCAGGGCAGGGGAGAUGUCCCCUCCUCCCACCUGCCAGGCAAGGAGGGGUCUGCAGGGUGGGGAGGACAUUGUCAGCCACUGGUGGUCUAGGAAAGAUGGGGGUGCCAAUCCUGGGUGUGUCGACGUAGGCGUGAAGGAAGGGGAGGGACGAGAGUAGGGUUGUAAGAGACUUAAACUUCAGGUAGAAUUUUUGCCUCCUGCAAUGUUGGGACAUACGCUAAGUUUUUUUUUGUUGUCUAUCUAAAAUUUAAUAUAGAUGAAAGGUGACACUCAAAUCACGACUUAACCUGUUGUGGGGUGCAAAGGAUUUGAGUGUGUUUGGACCCACAGCCUGUGAAAUAUCUAGUGGAAUCAGGUCGGGGAGGGAUGAGAACUUCAGGAGCCGUGGACGUGUAGAGUGAAAGCUUUGGAUUGAGCACCAUCAGCCUCAGCCCCAGAGGUGCGCCUACAUUUCGAGCCAGGUGAGGAGGGGGUCAGCCAAGGGUUGGAGAAGGCACUGCAGGGAGGAGGGCAGGAGACCCACUGGAAACUUGAUGGGGAAUGGGUGUCCUGAAGGCCCUUGGGCAGAGCGGAGGCCAGAAGUUGGGAUGGAAGGGCAGAGCAGUGACCCCGGUGAUCUCAGAUGGCAGAUGGGCCAUCGGGAGCCGCUGUGUUCUGAACGUGCACUGCAGGUACGGUCCAGGUGUGACACUGCCUUUCCCAGCCUGGCCUUUUUUUUUUAACCAAUUUAUUUUUCUCACAGUUCCAGAGGAUAAGUCCAAGGUCAAGCUGUCAGUAGGACUCGUGCCUUCUGAGGGUUGUAAGGGAAGGAUCGGUUCCAGGUCUCUCUCCUUGCAGAUGCGUCUUCUCCCAGUGCCUUCAUCUGUAUCUUCCCUGUGUACGUGUCUGUGUUCACAUUUCUCUCUUACAAGGAUACCAGCCCUAUAGGAUCAGGGUUCACCCAAAUGACCUCAUUUUACCUUAGUCACCUCUGCAAGGACCCUAUCUCCAACUACAGUCAUGUUGUGACUACGUUACAACUUCAGCAUAUGAAUUCCGAGGGAGACACAGUUCAGUUCAUAACAGCAAAAAAGACAGUCAUCCCUCUAAACAAUGUAAAUGGUACCUGAUCCUGUUCUUCCCAUUGCAACAUCACUGGACUUAAUCUACCAUUUUGCUUAUCGGAAUGCCCUUCAACUGACCUCUCUUCCCAAUUGAGAAAUAAAGUGUGGUAAG